UCAGCCCUUGGAUCCUUCCAUUUCCUUUAUAUAAAGACUACAAACCCGUUAUGAUCUUCGAUAUCUUUUAGAGAGCCCAACAGGAAAGGAAAGGAAAGGAAAGGAAAGGAAAUUACUACAAAAUCCCAUUUCUCGAAGACUAAAAUCACUGAUUUACUGUUUGUGAUCGAUUGGGUGUUUUGACAGAUGGAGAGUGAAAGCCAGAAUUUGGAGUUGAAGCAUCUAGGUUUUGUAAGGGUUGCUUUGAUUCAAACGAUUGUUUGUGUUACGAAUCUGUACGAUUAUGCGAAGCAGAACUCUGGACCUUUGAGAUCUGCGGUUGAAAGUGUGGAGAGUGCUGUUAACACUGUUGUAACUCCGGCUUAUGAGAAGCUUCGAAUCGCUCCUGAUGAUGUUCUAGUUUUUCUUGACGGCAAGGUCGACAAAGCUACACAUGAAUUUGAUAAGCGUGCACCUCCUCUAGCAAAACAAGCCGCUCAAAUUACUCAGCAUUUCAUCCAAAAAGCUGCUAGAACUGGACAACAACUUGUGAACGAGUUCCAAACCGGCGGACCACGCGCAGCGUUUCACUAUGCAGCAAAUGAGUACAAGCAGUUGGUUCUAGACCAAGGAGUGAAGAUUUGGGCAGGACUCAACCGGCUUCCAUCGUUCCACAAGUUCGCAGACAUGGCAGUGCCGACUACAGCUCAGUGGUUGGAGAGUUACAACAGCAAGGUGAAAGAAUUGAGGCAGAAGGGUUACCAUGUCUUCGACUAUUGUCCCGAGGUUCCCGUGAGUGAGAUAGCUAAGGCAUUUAAGCAGGACGAGUCAAAGAAGAAAGAAGAGACAUCUCCUAAUACUCCUGAACAAGCUCCAUCCAAGCACGAAGCAGGUUCCGAUUCUGAUUCUGAUUCGGACUCGGCUUCGGUUGCUGCAGGUCCCAAUUAGAAACUGGGGAUUAGUUUGUUGGAUUAGCCAAUCGUGUGGUUUGCAAGAUUGUAUGAUUCGUGAUGUAGGAGCACAACAAUGUUGGAGCCUUAGAAGGCUGUAAAUGAAUGGGAUUUGAUGAUGUUGUUAUGGAAAACUCAUGUGAUGUGUGUAUAUCAAGUGAACAAGUGAAGUUUUAGAACGGCAUGCUUGCUUUUCAGGUUCCAUGGUUCUAAAGGCACAUACCAUUCAUAGCA